AUGCUUGAUGUACCUAAAAGGCAUUUCAGCAAAACACUGGAGAGGGGGAAAAUCAAAUUUCCCCGCACCACUGCCACUGCCCAGUCCCUAUCUCUCUCUCAAAUUUCUGUUCGUACAGCUCGCCCAUCGCCCGUCGCCGGUCGCCCGUCGUCCGUGUCUUCCCCCUCCGGCAGGCAGAUCCUCUCCAGCUCUCUCUCUCUCUCUCCGGCGUAUUUCCUCUCUCCGGCGCUUCCCACUCCGCCAGAGACGGUCGUCCGUCGUCUUCCCCCUCCGGCAGAUCCUCUCCAGCUCUCUCUCUCUCCCUCCGGCGCUUCCCGCUCCGCCAGAUUCGGUCGUCCGUCGUCUUCCCCCUCCGACAGAUCCUCUCCAGCUCUCUCUCUCUCUCUCCGGCGGUUUUCCUCUCUUCGCCGUUCUCUCUCGGCGUCCGGCGUCCGCCCUUCUCUUCGCCGUUCUCUCUCGGCGUCCGGCGUCCUCUGUCGUCCGGCAGAUCUCGUCCCAGUCCAGCUCUGUCUCCGGCAGAUCUUCUCUCCGUCGGGCAGAGGUGCAAGCAUUUUGAAAUUGGUGGAGAUAGGAAGGGUCCUUACAACCCAAGCUUGCUGGAGUGGAUUUGGAAGCAGAGAAAAAGUAGCAUGUUGGGAAGACAGUCAAAAGAUAGCCUCGCAGUGAUCUUGUUGUGGGGCAUGUGCAGAAUCCGUGAAUUUUGAAAUUUAUUACAACCAAUGUUAUCAUUCAGCAUUUUUUUUUUUUUUUUGGGGUACCACGGGGGCAUGAGCUCAAUUACAUACAAAUGGUUUGGUGAAUAUGUUGCAGUUUAUAGGUGCUUUAUAUUCAUUUGUGAGUAUAGUAGGAAAUUAUGUAAGCUAUCUAAUUGCUUCAUAGGAGUUGAUUGGAAGCAUUUUAAGGGUGUGAGUUGGUGUUAGUGAUUCAUUGUAUACCGAUGAGUUAUUGGGUAGGCAGAUAUCUGAUGAAAGCAUAGUCGGUCUUCGCUUGAAUUUGCAGUUUUUAUCAAUCAAACUUGCAAAUUUUUCUUAUGAAAUAAUAAUUGCAGGCCUCUCCCCUUUAUCACCGCCAUAUGGU